CUUCCUCAUAUGACUAAGACAGAACACACAAGUCAGGCUUUCAAUGCUAUCAAAGCAUUUCACACAGCUAGGAGUCUUACCCAGCGCACACGGCUUGCUCCUCUCUCCAAAUAACCACAGAGAAUGUAGUGUCAGAGCAUGCCUCACAUCUGCGCAGCCACGCAACUUUUCCAAAACUGUGGCCGUCGCCGUGGAAACUGCGUGGAUGAGAUAGAAAAAGAGUGCGAAGGCGGGCUUCCCUCUGGCAGAACCCUCCGACGCUGAGUGCUGACAGACAGACAGACAGACAGACAGCAUGGACAGACAGCAGAGCAACGUGGAGCGCUUUCUAAAGCUGGGAUACUCCUCCCAGGACAUUGUGCGGGUGCUGCAGAGCAUGCCGCGGGACUCCCAGACCAACGACAUACUGGAGGAGCUGAUCAAGACCUGCCGCAGCAUUGGGCCUCUGCACUCCUCCCGGCCGGCCAACCUCAGCCCUCAGCUGAUACCCAGGGGCUGCAGUCCUGUGCAGGCACCCCAGCCUAGCCCCACCACCCAGGAGAAGGAGAAGGAGCCAGCGGGAGGCUUCAGACCCGUCGUCAUCGAUGGGAGCAACGUGGCCAUGAGCCAUGGUAACAAACAAGUGUUUUCCUGCCGUGGGGUGCAGCUGGCAGUAAAAUGGUUUUGGGAGCGAGGUCACCGUGACAUAACCGUGUUCGUGCCACUGUGGAGGAAGGAGCAGGCCCGAGCAGAAGCCCCUAUCACAGACCAACACAUCCUUCUCGAGUUGGAAAAGAAGAAGAUACUGGUGUUCACGCCCUCGCGCUGCGUGAAUGGGAAACGGGUGGUGUGCUACGAUGACCGCUACAUCGUCAAGCUCGCCUACGACUCCGACGGCAUUAUCGUGUCCAACGACAAUUAUCGAGACCUGCAGACUGAGAAACCGCAGUGGAAAAAGUUCAUCGAGGAGCGCCUGCUUAUGUACACGUUUGCCAACGACAAGUUUAUGCCUCCAGAUGAUCCGCUGGGAAGAAACGGCCCAACAAUAGACAACUUCCUGAGAAAACACCCCAAAGUCACAGUAAACAAAAGACAGCACUGCCCAUACGGAAAGAAGUGCACUUACGGCGUAAAGUGCAAGUUCUACCACCCUGAGCGCAGCCAAUCUCAGAUGUCGGUUGCCGAUGAGCUCCGUGCGAAGAAUAAACUGGCUUCGGGCAGGGAUCAGCUGGCUGACCCACGGCCCCGUUCCCCCGCCAACGGGAGUCCCCCCUCCACACUGGCGUGUUUCUACGAGCAGGACUGGAGCCGCAAUUCAUACAACAGCCCCAGCACCACAGCGCCCCCUAGCCAGGAGGCUCCACACAGGUUCUCUCCGAGCGAGCUACUGGAUAGCCCAAGAGAAACCGGCAGCCCGGCUCACCUCCGAAAGUCCCCCACCUGCCCGAGCCCCGAUGUGGAUGAAGAGUUCUCGUCCAUUGAAGCCUCCGUGUUCGGGCUGUCCAUCCAGGACCCAGCGUACACCACGGGCUCCUCCUACGGCUAUGGCGGUAGUUUCGCAGGCCAGAGUCGGAACCACAACAGCGGGGACUACUGGCUCUCCAGCGCUCUGAGCAGCUACACGCACAGGCCGUGUCCACGCGGUCCCGUCCCCGGCUGCUGCUGCUCCCCGUUCGUGCGGCACCAGGGCAGCCUCGAAGCCAGCCAGGACUCGGACAGCUCGGCUUCCAGCCUGGGCCUGCAGUGUCACUCACACAGCCCCUACAGAGUCGCGGUGCCCAGCAGGGAGGCGGGGCGCUGGGCGGAGGACCACCGGCAGCCAGCCCAGCCCGGCCUCCACGGCCCCAGGUGGGCCAACGGGAGCGCAGACCCGCUGAGCGAGCAGAGGAGGAGCCUCAGGAUGCAGCUGGGCACCAUCUUCCCCCAGCACGCCGUCGACGACGUCAUGAGCCAGUACCCGCGCACCCUGGACACGGUAGAGCUGGUGCGGCUCAUCCAGGCGUUCAGAACCAGCCGCAAGCGCUUCUAGACCCAAAGUCAGCAUUACGCAUGGCGCGCGUCCCUGGCUCCGCAGAGGGGAAACCAGAGACUGUAAUGUAGCAAUGAAUAAGGAGCUUUCACUAAACUUAGCAGUGCAAUGCACUGUUCCUUCAAAGCAUCAGCAGAGAGCCAAAUGUACAGGUGCAAGGUCUACAUUUCAAAGCAUUGUUUGAAUGGUGUUGAAUGUAUAGGGUCUUGCCAAGGCUUGUGAAGAGCACGCAGAUUCGUCAGUGCUACUCAGGUGUGAAUUUAGCUCAAUCUGACCAGUUAAGGUUUCUCAAAGCAGCAUGUGUUGUUUUACUGUGUAGCCUCAAAUGAGGAAUGUUUUAAAUGUAUGCAAACUGCUGAUCGUGAGAUCACAUUGAAUAACUACUUAAGAUACAAUUUCCAAAUAUGACUGUUGUAUCAACCAUUUCGUUGGAUGUAAUAAAAAUGUAUAUUGCCA